UUUGUAAACAAUUUUCAUGGGCUGUUUGAAAUUGCGGCAAUUUUCGGCUACGAUUAUACCAUGUAUUUCUCGUAGAUAUUUCUGUAAAAAUGUAACAAAUGGUACUAUGAAAUACUUAAACGUUGCAGAGAAAAAUGAUGCAGCGAAAAAUAUUGCUCAAAUUCUCUCUAGGGGAAACUCAACACGACGUGAAGGACUUUCACAAUAUAACAAAAUAUAUGAGUUCAAUACUCAAGUUUUUGGAGAAAACGCUGUUAUGAUGAUGACAUCAGUGUCUGGACACCUGUUGAACUAUCAGUUUGCACCGUCAUUCAAAAACUGGCACAGCUGCAGCCCUGUUGCCUUAUUCGAUGCCCCCGUUCUUAAAACGUGUCAACCCGAUUAUGAAAACAUCAAGAAAACAUUAGAAAGGGAAAUCAGAACGUGCCAAGGGUUGAUAAUUUGGACUGAUUGUGAUCGAGAAGGAGAAAAUAUAGGUUUUGAAAUCAUAAAGGUUUGUACAGACGUAAAACCUAAUCUAAGAAUUUAUCGAGCUAAAUUUUCUGAGAUAACUGGUGCCUCAAUCUUUCGUGCCUUAAACACCUUAGGACAACCAAAUAAAAAUGUUAGUGAUGCGGUAGAUGUGAGAAUGGAACUGGAUUUAAGGACAGGUGCCGCCUUCACAAGAUUACAGACGCUUAGGUUACAAAAGGUAUUUCCACAAAAAUUAGCUGAUAAGUUGAUCAGCUAUGGUUCCUGUCAGUUUCCAACACUGGGAUUUGUGGUGGAAAGAUAUAAGGCGAUCGAGGAGUUCAUACCUGAGGACUUUUGGAAAAUCAAAAUGAAUCAUACAGUAAAAGAAGUCACAACAGACUUCAAUUGGAAGAGAGAAAGAUUAUUUGACAAAAACACAUGCCAAGCAAUCCUAGAUAUUUGUAAGGAAAAUCCUCAAGCUACUGUGGAAAAUGUAGAGAGCAGGGAAAAAAGUAAAUGGAGACCUACACCUUUGGAUACAGUUGAAAUGGAGAAAAUAGUGUCAAGAAAAUUAAAAAUAAAUGCAAAAGAAACCAUGAAGAUAGCUGAAAAAUUGUACAUGCAAGGAUAUAUCAGCUAUCCCAGGACAGAGACCAAUAUUUUUCCAAAGGAAUUAAACCUAGUCAAUCUUGUUGAACAACAGAGGCAGGAUCAUAGAUGGGGAUCUUUUGCUUCGAGGAUAAUGGAAGAGGGAGGUCCUACUCCUAGGCAAGGAAGAAAAUCUGAUCAGGCACAUCCCCCAAUACACCCCACAAAGUACGCCAACAAUCUUGCGGGCAAUGAUCAAAGACUGUACGAGUACAUUGUUCGACAUUUUUUGGCAUGCCUGCACAAAGACGCGAAAGGAUUCGAGACCACGGUCAACGUCGACAUCGCUGGGGAGAAAUUCCAAGCCAAAGGCCUUGUUAUCCUUGAGAAAAAUUAUCUAGAUGUGUACGUGUAUGACAAGUGGAAUGCAAAGGAGAUUUGGAGCUACAGGACUGGGGAUACCUUCAUGCCUACAGUAUUAGAAAUGGUUGGAGGAAGCACAUCGCCUCCAAAACUGUUGACAGAAGCGGAUCUCAUAGCCUUGAUGGAAAAGCACGGCAUAGGCACGGACGCCACACAUGCUGAACAUAUAGACAAAAUCAAGUCGAGAGAAUAUGUUGGACUGCACGAAAAUAUUUACUUUGUCCCUGGAAAUCUGGGAAUGGGGCUUGUGGAGGGCUACAAUAACAUUGGCUUGGAAGUGUCUUUAGCCAAACCAGUCCUUCGAGCAGAGUUCGAAAACGAUCUAAAACUGAUCUGUGACGGAUUAAAAAGCCCAGAAACGGUUCGAACUGAACAGAUCGCGAAAUACAGAGCCGUAUUCGAAACGGUGAUGGAGAAAAUCAGAUGUUUGGACGAAAGUUUGGGUCAUAGGCUGGACGAUAGGCCGCAGGAUGUACCUCAAGAUCGACCUACCUCUGGCGGAGGAGCGAAUAAUUUCAGGUCCGUUUUGAAGUGUCCGAAAUGUGGGAGCGACAUGUUCGUCAGGGAAAGACAAAAUGGUGGUGGAAAAUACAUCGGUUGUGCAAACUUUCCUAACUGCAAGAACGCAAUAUGGUUUACUUCUAAUGUUGAAAGUAUAGAAGUUAUGGAUGGGCACUGCCCUGACUGUGGCCCAAACACGAAAAAGUUAAAAAUGAAGUUCAGACAGAAUCCUUUCCCUGGCGAGCCAAAUCCAAAUGUGUUAUGUAUAGCAGGUUGCGAAGAAAACGUUUUAGAGGCUUUGGAUAUCAGUCGGAAUUCGGUGACAUCUCGACAAAAUGGUACUGUAGCAUCUAACAACGCAACCACACAUAACGCUACAACUAACGAUAGUGUGAAUCCAAGUUCUCCUAGUGCAAACAACUGGAAUUUCCCCUCGAAUCCUCACAGUACCACUACGUCUUCGAGAAAUACCGGACAGACGAACGACUGGUCAGGAGGUAGUACCACAAAUCGGCCAUCUUUAGGAUCUGUACCAAUGAAUUCAAAUACGGCUGUGGGUACGGGCAAUGAGGAUAUAGUGUGUUCGUGCAACAAAACGGCCAUUCUGUUGACAGUGCGAAAAGAUGGACCAAAUAAAGGAAGGCAGUUUUACAAAUGUGGCGACGGCGCCUGCAACUUUUUCUUAUGGGCACCAGAUCCUGAUGCGUCAACGUCGGAAAGUGCAAGGACUAGCUUCGGGAAUGCCCAACAGAAUGUGAGGUGUACCUGUGGACAACCAGCCUGUCUUAGAACUGUAAAUAAAGAAGGGCCUAACAAAGGUAGGCAGUUUUAUUGCUGUCCAAAACCUAUGGGUGAGGGAUGCAAAUUUUUCAAAUGGGCAGACGAGGAUGACCCUGGUUUUGGAGGAGGAAACGAUGGUGAUGGAGGGGGUGGGGGAGGAGGAGGAGGCGGUUUCAGAACUGCAAACACCUCAAACUGGCACGGAAAAGCUGCAACAUCCAGCAAAAAGAAGAACGACAAUCGGUCGGCGCCUUAUAACGCAUCGGCCAAACCCAGAGCGAAACGAAAAUGCGGCAUCUGCGGAGAAGAAGGUAUAUUUAUAGUAUACACAACUUUUGUCUCGAACAUUUUUUCAUACAAUUGACCGUUUUUGACAAUACAAAAUGCUGUAAUCAUUAUUUACUUAUUUUCAGGUCACAUUAGGACUAAAUGUCCUAAUAACAACUGAAGUUGUUGAAGUGGGUUAUGUAUAAGCAUAAAUGUGUAAAGUAUCGCCCUAAGUUGUAAAUAUAUCUAAAAUCUUAAUAUAUUUUUAUUUUUUCUUAGAAUAGACAUCUAAU